GCCUCGCCUCUUUUUCUUCCCUGUUUGCUGUAGUUUCUUGUAUUUCAUUGUUUUUCGUCACGACUAACUACAGACAGCAGCUACCAUGCAGAACGAAGCAACACGGAAAUUCGAGCCGCCACACAGGAGCUUCACCUUUGACUCAAAUCUUCUUGCUGCAAAAGCUGAUUCAAAAGAGACAGUGGAGAACAAACCUUUUAGUUCAUUCUCAGGUACAUUUCUAAACAGUCCCAAACCAAGAUGGCGGUCAAAGACUACCAUUGGCAAUACAAAAAAAGUUCAACAGAAGUUGGAGACACCAUGGAGAGACAUGAAGUGGACUGAAGAGCAGAAGACAAGUCUGAUGGAGACCAUCAGCUCCUACAGACCGAGGUGUGGGGAGGGGACUCAGGCUCGGGUGCUCCUCCUGGGACCUCUCGGUUCAGGAAAGUCCAGCUUUGUCAGUUCGGUUCAGUCUGCGUUUAAUGGAAGAGUAACGAACCGGGCCAUGGUGGGCUCCUCCUCUUCCAGCUUCACCAAGAAGCUGAAGUUGUUCAACAUCCGUGAUCAGAAGGGAGAGGAUCCUACUGGACUGGUUCUGUGUGAUGCUAUGGGCCUAGGAGAUGGAGAGAUGACGGGCCUGACGCUCCAUGACGUCCUGUCCAUCAUCAAAGGUCAUGUACCCGAGGGACACAAGUUCAGCCCAGACCAGCCGGUGAGGUCUGAGACUGUGGGCUAUGUGAAACGGCCCAGCAUCAAAGAUAAGAUCCAUUGUGUUGUUUUUGUGGUGGACGCCUCUAAAGUCCUGACCUACCCCAAAGGCCUCAGCACCACCUUCCAGCAGCUCCGAGAGCACAUCAGUGACCUGGGUGUUCACCAGGUGGCUCUACUCACCCACGUAGACCAUAUUUGUACAGAAACGGCCAAAGAUGUCACCAAGGUUUACGAAAGCAGAGUCAUCAAGGACAUGAUGGCUAAAGCUGGAGAUCUGUUGGGUAUGUCCACCUCCUACAUCGUCCCAGUGAAGAACUACUCAUCAGAGUUGGAUGUGGAUGCUAACACUGAUGUGCUUCUGCUAAGUGCUGUGGACCACAUCCUGCAGUAUGCUGAUCUGUAUUUCCAGGACAAUACACCACAGAACAUCCAGCCAAAGUUAGACUUAACAUUAUAGUCCAACCUUGCCCAUUAACAGCAAAGUCUAACUUUCUUAUUUUUGGUGUGUGUAUGAUGUUAUUGACAUCACUUGCUCCUGCCAGCUGUGUCAUGCUCUUUAUGCAGGUAGCUCUCCUGGUGAAUCUCCUCUUAUAAUAAUGAAUUUUGCAAUAAAAUGAACCAUAUUCUAUUCA